AUUUAUCUCCUUGUUUUUUGGUACUGUCUUCAUCUGGCAAACUGUAAACCACUGGCUCCUCAGGCGUCAUGCAAUCCGCGUGACGGUUUAACCGGUAGCGCAAAUUCUGUCACGAUACGCAUUCAACACUUCAAGGGAGCGUCAGUUAACUUCCAACGAGAAAAACCGCUUCUUCUAACAGUCGUACAUCACAAAAUAUCAAACGAUGGACAAAUAUACGUAUUGGCAAAAAACCUCAAGGCAAAGUUCCACGGACGAGAAGUUUGUUUCUCGGCAUUAAAAGAAACCAUUUUGGACGCAAAAGGAGCCGAAGAGACCAAACUGUACUCUUGCGAGCAGGUGUGUCUGGAAGUUGGACAUGUUCGAAAACUGGUAACUAACUCAUCCUCAGGUGGCCGCUUGCAUCCUGGGACGGAUUGCUGUAUAUGGACACGAGAAAGAUAUCUCCAGCUGGCCGCAAUUGAAAAUGGUCCUCGGUGCUUGCAAUGUAAAGGGCGAGGAUGCCUUAAUGAUAAAAUGACAACCAGACAAUGUCCUCCUGGCGAUAGAUGCCUCGCCGUCACUCUCGAAAAAAAGAAUAAUACCGUAGGAGCAAACUCGAGGUAAGUUUUGCAAAAUGGUAUAGCAGGCAAUUUUUUGCAGAUUGUUACAGCAGCGAAUCUUAUCAAAUUUAUUAAACUGCGUAUUAGGACAAUUAACUACUAUGGCAACGAGCCUCUGACAAAGUCAGCUGUUCCUUCCUUAUAAUUACAUGAGGUCUUAUGACUAGGAUGCUUGAAGCAAAACGUAAAAGUGGGCACCACACUAGGCGAUAAUCGGCUUUCGUUACUUUUAUGGGACCGUCGUUCUGUAGGGAGAAACAAAUAAGUGCGGGAGCAAAAUGACGAUUCAGUAAUGCAACGGAAAAAUAAUAUCGUAUGUUCAACCAAAAAGAACGAAAAAUGUCGAAAUACUGGUCAUUUCUGGAUGCAUCUUUUAGCCACGAAUUAUGAAUAUCGCAGUCGGAGCAUUUCUUAGUUGUUAUUUGGAUUUCAGCCAAUUUACCGUAGAUUCAAGUGAGAAUGACACAGAAAAUAACUACGAAGUAUUUUUUUUUCCUCGUUCUACAUUCUACAUUUAGCGUAUACAUUCGUCAUGUUGUCCCGUCAACUGGUAGUUUUGCUCUUUCAUUAAGUUAACUUUUUUCCUCUAAAAAGCGACGGUCUCGUAAAAGUAACCAAAGCCCGGUAAUCGAUCCCUAUGGAGGCACUCCCUUAUGUUGCCUACAAGGGUAUGUCCCGCUGAACAGGGUAUGGCAUAGGUUUAGUGUAUUGAAGAGGGUGUCUUUUGGUGAAGGUUGGCGAUGGGCGGUCUACAAUUGUGAUACCAACUUUUUUAAAGUUCUAUAUCAAACAGGGUCAGAUUUUAAAGCCUCUGCAGCACACCUUAACCCAAAAUGUCCCUUGAAUGCCUCCCCCCCACCCCCACCCCCACCCCACCCCGCAAUGGCGCGCGGAAGAAACGGCAGAGCUGGUGACACAAGUCCGCACCGUAAAAUAAGACGCCUAGCGCUUAAAAUGUGCGUCGAUUAUUUUGGAUGCGCUUUUAUUUUUAAUUGGGAGGAUCCAAGAUUAGUCUCUUGAUCUCAGGUUCUUUUAUUUCGUUCAACCAACAUUGGGGUGAACAGGCAACUAAACAUGACGGCAGCCUCAACCGCCCGCCAAGCCAGGGAAAGCACCGUUGGAAUAAGGUUGAUGGUUCAUAAAUCCUAAACACCCGGAUUUAUGUUCUCUAAUGAAUCCAUUCCUAGUAUGGAUUCUUUUGAAUUAAAAGCUCAGAAGAGGCACAAAAUCCGUUUUUGGACUUUCCCUUGUAAAAAAAAAAACCCUAGUUUUUUCUUCAGCCUUCUUCAGGGGCCUAGAAUAUAGGUAGCUCACAAAUAAUUCUGCUUGUUUUGUCUACAUUUUAGCGUUGUACCAAUAAUGCUUGGCUGUUCAAGUGACAACUCGUUGCGCGGCUACUCAUGCAACGACGGAUGUAGGGAAGUGAAAGUGGCGGGUUCUGGAACAAGGAAAGUUUACGUCCACUGUUGCUCUGGCGACGAAUGCAAUAAGAAACAAGAGACUUGCAAAAACGCAACUGAAACUUUUGAACUCGAAAACAAAGAUACAAUUGGACAAAGAAGUGGCUCGUUUGACGUUGCGUCAAAAAGGAAACUGAUAUUGCUUCCUCUUAUGUUAAGUAUAUGGCUCGUCAGAAGCAUGGAAUCUUAG